AUGGCAUUAGAAAUAGAUAUAGAUAAUGUAAUAUCAAAGCUAAUAGAAGUUAGAGGAACAAGACCAGGAAAAAAUGUUAACUUAACUGAAAAUGAAAUAAAGAUAUUAUGCUUAUCUAGUAGAGAAAUUUUUUUAAAUCAACCAAUAUUGCUUGAAUUAGAAGCACCAAUAAAAAUAUGUGGAGACAUUCAUGGUCAAUUUUAUGAUUUAUUAAGAUUAUUUGAAUAUGGUGGUUUUCCUCCGGAUGCUAAUUACUUAUUUUUAGGAGAUUAUGUUGAUAGGGGGAAACAGAGUUUAGAAACUAUUUGUUUACUUUUAGCUUAUAAAAUAAAAUAUCCGGAAAAUUUUUUUUUAUUAAGAGGAAAUCAUGAAUGUGCAUCAAUUAAUAGAAUAUAUGGUUUUUAUGAUGAAUGUAAAAGAAGAUAUAGCGUGAAAUUAUGGAAAACGUUUAUUGAUUGCUUUAAUUGCUUACCUGUUGCAGCAAUUAUUGACGAAAAAAUUUUUUGUAUGCAUGGGGGAUUAUCUCCAGAAUUAAAUAAUAUGGAACAGAUAAGAAAAAUAACUAGGCCAACAGAUGUACCAGAUAAUGGUUUAUUAUGUGAUUUAUUAUGGUCUGAUCCAGAAAAAGAAAUUAAUGGUUGGGGAGAAAAUGACAGAGGAGUUUCAUUUACUUUUGGUCAAGACGUUGUUCAUAAUUUUUUAAGAAAACACGAAUUAGAUUUAAUAUGCAGAGCACAUCAGGUAGUAGAAGAUGGUUAUGAAUUUUUUGCAAAAAGACAAUUGGUUACUUUAUUUUCUGCUCCUAAUUAUUGCGGUGAAUUUGAUAAUGCAGGUGCUAUGAUGAGUGUAGAUGAAACGUUAAUGUGUUCAUUUCAAAUUUUAAAGCCAGUUGAAAAAAAAAAAACAACUAACUAA